UCUCUCGCGAGAACCAAGCUUCAGCGUCUCCAGGGGCAACAGCAAUGGCGGUCCCCUCGUCCGAGCGGCUUUUCUCGCUGGAGCUGCUCGUAGAUUGGGUGCGUCUUGAAGCCGGGCUGCUGCCGCCGCCGCCGCCGCGGCCCGUGGUCGAGGUGGAGGAGGAGCAAGAGGAGGACGAGGAGGAGGAGGAGGAGGAGGCGUCGCCACCACGGCAGUCGCGCGACCUGUGCCCUGCAGUGGCCUUCCGCCUGCUGGACUUCCCCACCCUGCUGGUUUACCCUCCUGACGGCCCCGGCGCCCCAGCCCCGGAACCCCGGCCUGGCCUGGUCAGCUUCGGUCGCGGCAAGUCCUGUCUCUUCCGCCUGCACCCCGUUACCCUGCACCGCCUGCUCCUUCGGACACCGCUUUACACCUUGCUGCUGCAGCUGCCCCCUGGGCGCCCGACUCCUGCCCCGCGACUCCUGGGUGCCUGUAGCAUCUCGCUGGCCGCCGCCGCCCACAAGGUCCUGGGACAGGCCGCCUCCGGCUGCUCCCAGAGUCAUCGAGGAAGUUUCCCUCUGCAUAACCAAGUCGGGGAGCGGAUUGGGGACAUUGCCCUGGGCUACCGCUUCACUGAUUUGGGAAGCAGCUUGUUGGGCCAUCUUGAGCGGCCAGUCGCUACCGCAGGAGGUGGGGUGGAGCGUGUAGAGGUCAGUUCCCAGACCCCACAGGAAACACAGCAGCCAGACUCAGAGCCAAGACCAAGAGAUGCUGAUAAGUCCCUUGUGAGUUUAAAAAUCCCAAAGGCACGGAAGGAUUUGAAGGAAAUAGCUUUCCAUAGUAAGACCAACUGUCGUAACACGGUUUCUAUGGAGCAUGGCAAAACCAGCUCUGUUUGUUCACAUUCUAGUGGGAUGAGAAGCGUUAGCCCCCCAUGUCAGGGAGUCACAGAGUUGGACAUUGAAGCCAACGUAUUUUGCCCUCCUCCUCUGUAUUACACUCAUUUGACCCAAGAAAAGAUGCCUCCUGUACAGGGUACAAUCACCAUUAAACCUCAAAUAAAUGCCCCUGAGGAAUUGGAUGGUAUUUCUCUGGGGGGAAAUCACGUAACUGUCCCAGCACAUACUGAUUCUCUGAAACAUGCUGGUUCUGGGACACAUGAGAGUCCUCCAAAGCUCAUAAAUCCUCCGCAUGUUCAGGAUAAAGGCGCAAGUGAUCAAACUGCGUAUCACGGGCAAACUGAACAAAGUAGAAUUAACACAAUAAGGCAGCUGCCUUUGUUAAACGCUUUGUUGGUUGAGUUGUCCUUGUUAUAUAACCAACCUGUGGCAAGCCCCCCUCAAAUACAUCCUCACUUAGCCUGGUUAUAUAGAACUGAGGGUAAGAAGUCACCAGAGUCGUCUGCCAAAUGCACAUGUAAAUCUGAAUCUAAGAAGGGUGAGCUUUCUGUGGGGGAAAAUGACAAGUCAGUGAAUCUUCAGUAUAAAAAGAACCAAGGUGAAAAUCUCAAAAAAGAGAAAUAUUUUGAAAAGAACAGUGGAAACCCUCCCAAAAGAGUUCCAAGGGGGAGGCUGCUUUAUGGUUUAACAAAUACACUUAAACUACGUUUAAAGCAAACAAACCCUGAUAUGUUGUUAGUGCAUGAAAAAAGAGAACAGUAUAGAAAAAUGCAAGCACAGAUGUUGGGUGCAAAACUCAGAUUUCCAUCAUCCAAAGUUAAAGUAUUCAGCUUUGCAGAACAACCUCAGAAGCCACAUCAACUGCCUAAAGAUAGGUGUUCGAAAUCAGAUGCAUCUUUUGCUGAGAACAGUGAUACCUCAAAGCAAAUCAGUGGUGGUUUUGAUGAUCCUAGCACAGGUAAAGAAACUAAGCUGAAAUGUGCAACUGAAAAAACAGAGUGUGGUGAACAUCGAACAAAUAAUGGUUUAUUGGAAGAAAUUAUACGUCCUUCAGAUUCCAUUGUCCCAGAAAGGUUUACUCAUGCAAGUAUUUUGGAAGGAGAAAUGGAAAGGAAAAUCCAAAGUCCAUGUCUUUUCCAACAGGUUGCAGUUGCUGACAGAAUUGUAGUAGAUAAAGAAAUAGAGGAUAAGCAGGUCAAAGUCACCGAUGAUGACAUUCUUACUGAUGAUAUGAGUGAAAAACCAAGUGGGAGUAGUUGCUCUGAAAGCAUCUCAGAACUAAAGUAUUCAGAUGACUUCACCAGUCCUUGCUUUUCCGAAGAUUUCUAUACCACCGAGGAUACUAGCAGAAUUUUACAAGCUUGUGAUAGCCAUUUAGCAGCAGAAAAUCCAAAACAUAAUCAAUACACAGGUAAGUCUAGUGAAACAAGACUGUCCAUAAGAAAAAACAGCAGCGAAAAGAGUUCUAUUCUUAGCCCACCUUUUUCAGCUGGCUCACCAGUACGCUCACAUAAAGGAUCUCAUAUUUCAAGGAUUCCAGAUAAAAGUUUGGAGGAAGAUUCUAGUAUCUCUACCAGUGAUUUGUCUGUAUCACAUUGGACUGAGGAAAAAGGAAACCAGGUAGAUCGAAACAGUGUGCAUAAUUCUAAAGUUACUAAACUUAAAACAAAAAUCGGUUGCAAGUCUUCAGAAAAAAGCCAGUCACCUCGGACAUCUCAAGUGAGUUCUUAUCUGCCAUCUAAUUUAUCAGAACUAGAACUUAAUGUCCUGGAUAGCAGCACACCAGAUCACUUUGAAGAAGAUGAUGACGUUGGUUCACUAAAUAUUUCCAAGCAAUGCAAAGAUAUUUGCGAAUUAGUGAUAAAUAAACUUCCAGGAUAUACAAUGUGAAAAUAUGUGCUUUUAAAAGACAUUUCAUUUUUUAGAACCUAUGUGUACUGUUAGUGAAACAAUUUUUAAUAAUUCUGUGCAGUAUUUUAGUACAUAGUUUGUGUGAAUAAUUCUUUUUAAGAAUUAUAAAUGUUAUUUUGAUGUCUAGAUGGUUUCUAUUUAACCAUAUUAAUCAUGAAAUCACCUUACAAUCUAGGUAAGAUUUAAGUUGUUUAAUCUUGUAAGAAUAAAAGUAUCUUUCUAAACUAUCAAAGUAUUCAUCUGAAGGUAUCAGUCAUCCUAAAGCCAACUUCAGGUACACCAUUAAAAAAAAGACUAGUUAAAAAGGAUAUAAUUUUAAUAGGAAUAAGUUUUAAUGAGAAUAAGUCAUUUAACAAAUAUAGAAGAACUUACUGUGUGAGAUGAAGAAAAGUACAAAAAUAUUUAAGAUAUACCCCUGCAGGUAGAGUGUACUGUUUUAUGUAGAUAUGAAUUCUUUAGGGAAAUCUUGGAUACAUACACAUCCCAUAUCCCCAGUAGGUGAAGUCCUUUUUAUAUACUAUCAUAGUGCUUGCUUGCUUAUUUAUUUAUUUAUUUAUUUAUUUAUUUAUUUAUUUAUACAUUUAUUUAUUUUUGAUAGAGACAGAGCACAAGUGGGGGAGGGGCAGAGAGAGAAGGAGACACAGAAUCUGAAGCAGGCUCCAGGCUCUAGCUGUCAGCACAGAGCCCGACGCAGGGCUCGAAAUCACAGACCGCAAGAUCAUGACCUGAGCCGAAGUUGGAUGCUUAACCGACUGAGCCACCCAGGUGCCCCUCUUUUAUUUAUUUUUUUUUAACACAUUUUGUGUGAUUACUUGAUCGAUGUUUGUCUUCUGUUAGGCUUAAGUUUAGUGAUGGAAGAGGUCAUAUAUGUCUUGCCCACCAGUAUAGUAUGUAUGGUCUUAGUAUCCAGCACAGUCUGGCUUGUGGUUGGGGUGUGAUAAAAGCAUGUGUUGAACAAAUUAAUGAAAGCCAUGCAUUUCAAAGAAUAUAUUGGGAGAGGAUCAAAUUAAGCAGUCAAAACGAGCAGAAAUCCUAAGAAUAAGCUGCAGAAAAUCCUUAUUGGAAACACGGUUAUUGACUAUGUUUUUGUUUGCUGUGUAUAAGCAACCUGCAGGUGUUUUCUGAAGUAUUUGGAAAAGGGAGCUCAGAAAGGUGUCUUCCAGUUUCUUAUUUGGAAAUUCAGUUUAUUGUUGUCAUUUCAGGUUGUUCCAAAGUUAUUUUUAAAGUAUAAAAGGUUUUUUUUAUGAAGUCUACUGAUUGUUUCUUCUGUUGGUUUUAUACUUAGACCUUAUUCUGUGUUCAAGUAUUUAUUUAUAUAUUUUUCUAUCUGUGUUAUAUUUUAACUUCCACAUUUUUUAACAUAUCUGAUAUUUUUGGAUGUAUGAAGCAAGGCCCUAAUUUUGCUUCCUUUAUAAGUAAUUAAAUAAUUAUGUAAGCAUUAUCUUUUGAAUGAUCAUAAUAGAUAGAAUUUUAAAAGACAGAGAUUGAGGAUGUUAUAUUUUGAGAAGCAAUAUGAAUAAAAGAAAUAUGGGAAUGAGUAUAAUGUAUUCAUGGGACUGUGAGAAUAUCUUGAUUAGAAGGGUAGAUUCAUGGGGCACCUGGGUGGCUCAGUCAGUUGAACGUCCAACUCUGGAUGGUGGCCCAGGUCAUGAUUUUUUACAGUUGGUGAGAUUGAGCCAUGCAUCAGGCUCUGUGCUGACUGCAUGAGCCUGCUUGGAUUCUCUCCCUCCCUUUUCUGCCCCUCCCCCAUACGUGUGUGUGUCCGUGCGCGCAUGCACGUUCUCUCUCAAAAUAGAUAAACUUUAAAAAAAAGAAUGGUAGGUUCAUGCUACAGAGCGGUAGAAAGGAACUUUGUCGAGUAAGAAAAGUCCCAGUUCUAGGGAGCUUCAGAUGCCAUGGGUAUAAUACAGUCCUAAGCAAUAGAAACAAUAGAGUAUUUUAAUUUAUAAAUGAGCAUCAAUAAGUAGUCCUGACAUUUUGAAUAUUAUAAAUCAUGGAAAUAAUUCCUUGGAGGUACAGAAUUUUUACCAGUAAAAGUUUUGAAAUAUGAAAUGGCUUAUGGCUAUGAUCGUAAUUUUUCAGUUAAUAUAAAGCAUCCAGUAUAUCAAAAUAAUGCAGGGUACUGUAGCUAGAUAUCAAUUUGGUGUGUAAAUUGUUAGCAUUUUUUCAUGACAAUGGAAGAGACAAAAAUAUAAGCAACAAUGCCAGAAUCAUUAGAGACAUGAUUCCUUAAAAACUGACUGGUUUAUUUGAUUACUAGUAAGUCAUUGCCUAUGAUGAGAAUAGAUGAGGAAAAUGAUUAGUUCAACAUGUGUCUGAAGUACAACAAAGACUAAAGAAUUAAUGUACUUUAAAUUACAAAACUGAGUAGCUGAAUAAGAUUCUCUUUGAGUUACUCCAUAUUUAUUUCUCAACUUGUGGUGUUAGUUUUUAUAACUUCUAGUAAAAAAAAAUACUUGUUUUCAUGCAUUUAGUACUUCCUGUUUGCAACUUAUUUUCAGGUUCUACUUCAUGUUUUAGUUCUACAACCUAUAAACUUAUAUUUUUAAGGGUAUCAUAAUAGAUAAUGCGCCUGAAGCAUUCUUUAUCCCUAAAUUACUUAAAUCAUUGAAACAUGAAAUAGUAUUUCAGGCUCAUAAAUAAGGGAGAUGUGUCAUUUAAUUGUUUGUAAAACUGAGCUACUGCAAUCCAGCUUUUCUGAAUAAACUGCUGUGGGCAUAGCCAAAUGGGAGAGGAUCUAAGAAGCAGUGAGCCAUUGAAAUGUUAGGACCUAUCUCGGUGUAGUAUUAAUACAUUAAUACUCGUGGCUUAGCAGGCAGCUGUCAGGGACAAGUCCUUUGAACUGUUACCAUAAGCAGAUUCAAAGAGUCUUGUGCAGAUGCAUACAAUAUGUUGGUUUUUCCUCCAGUCAUAUGCAUACUGUUGAUAUCUUCAGAUACAAAGAACGAUGACACUGAACUUUCAGUCAUGGACUUCUGGCUUUCUGUUGAGAGCCACCCCAUCACAUCCCAAUUAUUUUUUUAUUUUUCUGUGUGUAAAAGCAGGACAUUUGCUAUGGAAUUGUAUUUGGGAACCAGACUUUUAUUCGCUGUGAACAUAUCGUUAAAGAUCAUAAGUUAAACAAAUGUUUAAUUACCACACUGUUGUUGGUAAGGCAAAGAAAUUUCAUAACAAAGAAAGCAACAUAGAAAUAAGAUAAGCAAUACUUAACAUCUGUCUAGAUAUAAAGUGUCCUUGGGCCUAGAGCUAUAGCCAUCCUUUGGGCUACUUAUGUUUUAAUUGGAUUAAGAUAUCUGGAGUUGUACAGGAUAAUGAUUUAUGAUCCAAUGGAUCCUUCUUAUUUUUAACCUAAAACAAUGCAAAGAAAAUGUACUUGGUCAAGGAUCAAGGCAUUUUUACUAUUUCUCUCCAGAGAUUAACCUGUCAUGCCAGGAAAUAACAUUUCAGGAUGAGCAUCAUUAGGUUGGAAUGCCAAGCCAUAGUAAUAUAAUUAUUUCCUUAUUUUUCAAAUACUUCUUCUGUGUUACAAUAAUAAUACAUAUAAAUUCUAGAAAAUUUAGAAAAUUCAGGUAAGGGUCUUCGCUGCAAAAUUGUAUAUUCAGGGAAAGUUACGGGCCUUUUCUUCCAAAAUCCCAGUGAAAUCACAGAUGUAAAAAUAAGAAUGAUCUCAUAGUACUAUGCCCAGAAGAAAAAGGUAGUGGACAAGACAGCUUGAGGAUUUUCUGGAAGAUACAGAGCAGGUGGGCUUAGGCUGAUGAAAAUGGAUUGGAAACCUACUGUUCAGCAUAGUCCAAUGAGGGAGCUGCUGGAGAAAUGAGAAGGCAGUGUGUUUUCUAAAGAGCCUGAAAUAUACUGAAAGCUCAGUCAGCGGGGCUUAGGAAUAGAAACAGGUUAUGGGGCAACUUGGGGGCAGAAACAGAACUCUGAGUAUAAUGUGAGAAGCUGGAGCUGAGCUAAAGGUUAUCUACUAGAAAAGCUGCAAAGAGAAAAACUAGUAUUUUUGCUUUUGACGCCAAAAUAUUUUUAAAAUGUCUUUCAGUUUUACUGGGGAGAUCACAAAUUAAAGUGAUAUAAUCCUGGCCUUUGGAGACAGAUGAAUGGUAAUUUGCAUUCUCGGUCAUAUUAAUGUUUGGAGAUUAUUUCUUCGUUAUAGGGUUGGUUUAAAGAUUGAAUCAGAUCUGUCUAGCAUAUUUGACAGUGAGUGUUCAUGAGUGUUGGAGGGGAGUAAAUUUAGAAUUAUAGAGAAUGUACCAUGGUAUCUGUAUUUCUGCCUUAGGAGGCUAUAGAUUUUUAUUUUUAUUUUUUAUAAUGUUUAUUUUGAGAAAGAGAGCGAGCGAGCAAGUGGGGGAGGGGCAGAGAGAGGGAGACAGAAUCCCACUUAGGCUCCACGCUGUCAGUGCAGAGCCCCAAGACAGAGCUCGAACUCACAAACCGCGAGAUCAUGACCUGAGCUGAAACCAAGAGUCAGAGGCUUAACCAGCUGAGCCACCCAGGCGCCCCUAGAUUUUUAAUUAAAAUCUCAGGAAAUCAACACUUCCCUCCAAAAGGCUCAAACGCAUUUUCCAUGGCAUAGCAAGACAAAGAAGCCCAUGGAGACAAAGCAGCACGAAGACUUCUCAGAAUAUUAAGCAGCGGGGCCUUGUGCAGAGGACUGGGGGGCGGGUGGUAGGAGAAAGGGAUGCAAAACUUCCCAUUCAUUAAGAAAGGGAACUCUGCGCUAGGGCCUAAGAAGGAAAAAGUUUUUGAAAAUAGUAAGAAGACAAACCUAGGUGGCCCUGACUACAGGAGUUUGCUUUAAACAAAAUCUUAAAAAAAUUCUUUUUUACAUUUUUCUGUCUGGAUAUCUUCAGUCUUUCCACAGUAGGUGCACAAAAAUAUUUGCCCUUUUAAAUGCCCUGGCAAUGGGGAUGGAGUGAGUGGGGAAGGAGCUGUCAAUUGUUUGUCAAAAAGGAGCCAGAAGCUUUGAGAAUGAGUUGGGAAGAGAUGAGACUUAGCUUUAGGACCACAUAUUGUAGCUGAACAGGAGAACCCUUGGCGAUCCAAAGGUUUAGGUUUUAAUAAAGAAUAUUUGUUUUGUUCAGAAAUAGGCCAGGACAGGAGAUUAGACAAGCUUCUGAGUAAUAGUAGGGCAAGUUAACACCUGAGGUUGUAUAUUGGAAAGAAAGAACGUGGAAUGGCACAGGCCUAUGAGUCAGUAGAUGAGUUAGUUACUGUAGGAUCAGAAACCUAUACUUGUAAGCUUGACCACAUAGAAUAUUAUAUGUUUUGUUCUUUUAUUUUUUGUUUUCUUCUUAGUUCUAACAUAGUUCUUUUUGAAGGAGCUUUUAGUUGAGCUGUAAGAACACUAGGAAAUGGAUUGGGUUGUGGCUCAUAAUUGAGCUGAAAUCCUAAUGGACAAGCAGUAUACCCCCAGGGUCUACGUAUUGGAAGACAGAAGACAUAGGGGCCCUUAGACAGCUCCUCCUUUCUACCCACAGAUUUCUCCUUUCGCUAUCUAUUCUCUCCCAGAAACCUUGGAGAGUUUUUCUUUUUGUUUUAUUAAGGGAAACUGUUCAAUUUCAGACCUUACACCCAGCAACUGCCUGGAGGAGUAGUGUGUUUCAUAACUUGUGAUUUUGGUGUCAAUCCUGCAAGGUGAAUUGGGACUGAAUUCUGGACUCAGGAUGACAUAAAAAAUUAUGGAUUGCUUUAGGUAUGGAGGAACGUAUUGUCAGAAGAUUUGGUCUGAAAAUGAUUGCUUGCGUAUCCACAAUUCUUGAGAAUAUUUCCAAGAUCUUUGGGACAGCAUUUGUUAACGUGAGGAAAAAGAGGUUUCUAAUCUUCUGAAAAGAAGGUCUGAAGUAUGAACGUUGGCUUCCUGUUAGCAAAGUACUCCAUAUCUCGACAUUUUCUCUAUUUUCUGUAUUUCAAGUAUGUAAGAGGGCAGAACUUCUAUUUUCAGAUGGAACGUCCUUCCGUUCUACUGCUCCUUUUCUGAAAUAUAUGAUUUCUUGGUACUCUCUUCCUAUUUCUCUGAUCACAGCAGGAGUUCAUACUGUAAAUCUCUAAGAACCAGUGUUAGAAGUAGAAUUUUACUAAAACGAUGGUCUGGCUUUUCACUGGAACUUAGGUUUGGUUUAAAAAAAUUUUUUUUGUUAUGUGGUCUCCAUUGUCAUUAAUUUAAGAGUAAUACUUCCUGACGCUGAACAGCACUUUUAAGCUGAUGAAGCGCUUCUAGGAUCUCACGUCAUCUUCAGAAGAACCUUAUGAGCUAAGCAUUAAUAUAGAUCAGGAAGCUCAGGUUGUUUUCCAUAUUCAUAGCCUUUCUCAUUUCCAUAGAAAAACUGGAAAGCUCUUGGUAUAAAUAUUAGGCAAUUGAUGUUUUCAUUACUUAUGUCAUUUCCAGAGUCGGAGUGGAUAGCAAUAGUCUAUAAAUAGGUAAAAUUUUAAUUUUGAACUUUAUAAAACUGUGCUGUACUUCAGCCCUAUUAUUUUAUCUUCUAACUCAGUUGUUUUUACUAAACCAGAUGUAUGCUUUCCUGCAUCAGCAAGGAGGUAGGUACCCAUCCGUAUGCUGAGAAUAUGAUUACACUCCCAAGGAACCCAGGUGUGGUAUUAAAAAUAAAAAAGCAGCUGAAAUUGUUAGACAAUCAUUGUCAGAAAAGAAAACUUCACAGGAAUUUGGAACUGGAAGAGAUUUUACAAAUCACUUAAUUUAGCUCCUUCAUAUUACAAAUAAAGAACAUGACCCCCCAAAAUGGAGUUUUCUGGUCUCUCACUCAUUACUACAAGAUUAUUUCCAUUAGAAAAUGACACUUCAUGUGUCAAAAUGUGUGUCUGGCAGACAUUCUAUAACAUUUAUAUUGAAAAUACUAACCAAAAAAUUAACUCAUUCAGAGAUGUGGGGAUUCAUCUUCUGUGUCACAGGAAAGGCAUGUAUGUUUAGGACUAGAGGCAGACAGACCUGUUAGAGUCCGGGCUCUUCGGCUCACCUUCUAUUACUUUAGGCAGGUGCCUCCAGGACUCCAUUUUCACAUUGGUAAAGUGGAGAAAUCAAUAGUAUUUAUCUCAUAAGAUUAUAAGGAUUAAAUGAGGAAAUAUUUCAGUUAAGUGAUUAGCAUAUUCCUUGAUACUUAUGAAGAUAUAUUGGCAAUCAUUAUUUCUCAAAAUCUGACAAUAUGCGGGCUUUUUCCAGACUGGUCAGCUUAUUGGUAACACCAAGCUUUGUAUGUCUCCUCAAACCAAAAUUGUCUCAUCCAUGCUCUGAAGCACCCACAUUCCACCUGCUUACUUUUCCAUGUUCUUGAACAUACAGCUUCAGUUUGCAGCUUGAUACCAGGAAAAGUACGUCUCCUUGAAGAACAUUUUUUAAUCGCCCCAAAUUUUGCCUUUCACAUUAGCUCCCAGAAAGCCCAGAUAUGAGUUGUUUUUUUGUUUUUUUUUUUUUUUUUUUUAGUAACUACUUGUUAACAGCUACUGAUAUAGUUAUCUCUUAUUUAUUUACUUAUUUUGGCUUAUUUCUACUCUCUUUCUCUCUCUUCCUCCUUUCCUUUCUCCCCUUUUCCCCACCCUCUCCUUCUCCCUCUCCAUCUCUCCCUUUACGUUUAUGUCUGUUUUAUACAAAAUUUUACGGAAGUACAAUAUUCAUACAUGUAAGUGCACAAAUGGGAGAGUAUGUCUCUGUGAAUUUCCCAAAGUAACAUUUUCAUGUAACAGCAUCCAGGUCAAAAAAUAAAACAUUACCACAACCCUGUCAACCUCACUGGACCCUCCUUCCAGCUCUUAUCUCCCCUUACCCAGUCAUCACAAAGGGGAAUGCUAUCCUAAACUCCAACACCUAGAUUAGUUCCACAGGGCCAUAUACCAUGUGUCUGGUUUCCUUCGCUCAACCUUCUGUUUGUAAUUCACCCACAUCAUGGCAUAGAGUUGUAGUUUACGUCUCAUUGUUUUAUGGUUUUUCAUUGUGCAAAUACAUCCCAAUUUAUUUAUACAGGCCACUAUUGAUUUACCUUUGGGUUAUUUCUAGUAUUUUGGUAUUAAGAAUCAUGCUGUUAGCAUAGGUGUUUAUUUUCAACUACACAUACACAUUUCUAUUGGUAAUAAUGGAAUUGUGGGACAUACGGUAGCCCCACGUUGAACUUCAGUAGGUUCUUCCAAACAGUUUAACAAAGCGGUUGUACCAAUAGCUUACAUAUUUUUGUUGUUGUUGUAAACUGUCGCAGUUUACUUUUUGGAAAUAGAAAGGAUCCAGAUACCACUCGUCAUGGUGAAAGUACAGCAGUAGUGACAUCAUCCAUUAUGACUUUCUUAAGAAUGUUCACUAGCUUGUAUUAGUACAGGCUAGGUCUAGGUCGGAGGUACAUUCAAGGAGAGGAUAUCUGAGGGUGAGACACAAUAAUAUC